AUGUUCGUCAAGACGUCCUUCCUCGCUGGCCUGAUGGCCUCGACCGCCUUUGGCUCCCUCAUCCACAAGCGGGAUACCUUCGGCUGCGGUGCUCCCGAGCCGUCUGAGGAGCUCCUCGCCAAGGCUGGUGAGAUGGCCGCUCAGGAGAAGGCCGUCAAGGAGUCUGGCAUCAAGCUUGCCCAGGCUGCCAUCAGCGUCCCUACUUGGUUCCACGUUGUCGCCGCCUCUGAGUCCGAGGAGGACGGCUACGUCUCGGAUGCGCAACUCGAGGAGCAGAUGGCAGUCCUCAACGAGAACUUCGCCCCCUCGGGCAUCUCCUUCACCCUCGAGGGCACCACCAGGACCAUCAACACCAACUGGGCCGACGAUGGAGCCGAGUUGACCAUGAAGAAGUCACUCCGCAAGGGUGACUACGGCACUCUCAACGUCUACUUCCAGAGGGAGCUUGACGGAAACCUCGGCUACUGCUACUUCCCCGAAAACGUCAGCUCGGGCUCGAACGACUUCUACUACGACGGCUGCUCGAUCCUGUCGGCAUCGGUCCCCGGCGGUAGCGCCACCAACUACAACCUGGGCAAGACGACGACCCACGAGGUCGGGCACUGGUUCGGUCUGUACCACACCUUCCAGGGCGGCUGCACCGGCUCGGGCGAUCAGAUCGACGAUACGCCUGCCCAGGCCAGCGACUCGGAGGGUUGCCCCAUCGGCCGCGACUCGUGCCCCAACCAGGCCGGCCUCGACCCCAUCCACAACUACAUGGACUACACGUAUGACUCUUGCUACGAGGAGUUCACCGAGGACCAGACGACCCGCAUGACCAACAUGUGGAACACCUACCGCGUCUAA